AUGAUAUUCUGGUUCUUGUGUGCUGCUAGUUCAGCCUUCACAAAUACAUCAAUAUCAGUGAAAGGAAUAAUCUCAAAUAAGUAUGAAUCCUCAAAUCAAUGGCUUUCGUUAAUCUCUAUUACACUCUUGGAUGGAGGGAAAAUUACUCAUACAACAUUCCCAAAACACGAUUCCACAUUCUCUUUUGCAGGAUUGACUCCCGGAUCUUAUAUUAUGCAAGUCACUUCACCGACAUAUGCUUUCGACUCAGUCAGACUGGACGUCUCGCCACGUCUUUCUAUUCGUGCUAGAAAACUGAACCUUCUUCAAUUGGGCAGUGUUGAACUACUUUCUCAUAAACCAUUGAAACUCCGUGCCCUGAGUAAGCACGUUUUCUUUGUAGAGAGGCCUAGAAUCAAACCAAAGGAAGUUAUUUUUAAUCCAAUGGUUAAUUCCAAUUUUCCUAUAUUAGUUUUUGGUAGCAUUUUUGAUGGCAAUCUCUAUUUUUUUAAUGCCCAAGUUGAAGAAAAUACAAGAAAAUGA